UACCCGCAGUACCACUGCUCGCCGCCGGUCACCGCGACCACCAAGGCCGUCUUGACGCUCAACAGCUUUGAGAAGGGCAAGGACGGCGGCGGUCCGUCGGAGUGUGACAACGCCUACCAUAGCGACAAGGAGAUGGUAGUCGCGCUCUCCACCGGCUGGUUCAAGAACAUGGCCCGUUGCGGGCACCGAAUCAAGAUCACCGCCAAUGGCAAGUCCGUGUAUGCCAAGGUGGUGGACGAGUGCGACUCCGUCUAUGGCUGCGACGAAGACCACAACUACGAGCCCCCGUGUGCCGACAACAUCGUCGACGCGUCUCCUGCGGUGUGGAAUGCCUUGGGGCUUGACCAGAAUGUCGGCAUGGAGGGAAUCACCUGGUCUGAUGAGUGAGUUUCUAAAACAAAGGUGAGCGCAGGUUAUUGGUACCUCUUGUCGGUCCAGUGUCAUGUAUAUAAUUUUCGUUCUUAUAGGGAAGUCCAGUGUACACAUAUCCUAUACUCGGGAGGCUUAUCAGAUUAUGUAUAUGAUUUCAUGAAUUUAGAGAAGAAACGGUGCUACCUAUGGUUUAGCACGGAUGACAAGUUCACGUUUGCUCUUUGAUCAUGCAUAAAAUAAAUAAUGAGCAGCGUGGUGCAUAAAGAAUGUGAAACACACGAGAGAGACACCUGAGAAAGCCACACACUCAUUUUCAAGGGUAGCUAAACAAGUAUAACAAAACAGUAACAAACUACAUCAUUCACAUUUGCACUGAGAGUCCAGGGAAGAGUUAAAA